CCAGGGCGCUCGCAGGGGCCGGGGAAAUGCGGGCACGCAGGCUGGGGCGGUCCUGCAGCCCCCGAUGUGCUGCGCCAGGGUGAACGGACAUUAUGGACCGCGGCCCGCGGGUCUGGCGGCCGUGCCGCGGUAAAUCCCGCUCCUGGUCCGUGCUGAACGCCAGGCAGGGCCAGGCAAGGCCGGGCCGCGGAGGAGAUCGGUGUCCUGCCGCGAUCCAGCCGGGAGUUAGCCUGGAGCAAAGCGGGCAGGAACGCGGCGCUGCCCCGGAACUGAUCCCCCGCAGGGAUUACCGCAUCGCAGCCGCGGCAGAGCGGGUGUCUGUGGCCCGGGAGGUCUGGCCGGAGUUUGGCAAGUGGGUUUCUCAGCGCCUGGGGACGGUGCCGUGUCGCACAGAGGCUGUCACAUCGCCGGCACCACGUGGCUGCGGGUCACCUUUCUCAGAGCUCCCCCCGCUGUCCGAUGAAAGCUGUAGUGGCCGUCAGGCUCCUGCCUCUGCAGGACUUGUGCCAGGGCUCUGCCGCCUCCGCUCGCUCCGGUUGUACCUUUGCCUGCGUGAGUGUUGCCCGUGUCUGUUCUGCCCGCCGUGGUCCCAGGCCUCUGCUCACUGUGUACGUCCUGAGCCGCAUUCCUCAUCAGCGAUGCUCUCCUGCCUUUUGCAGUCCCAGUUGCAGCACAAAGCCCUGUGUGAAUACUCAGAGUGCCUGCUGCUCUUACCUGCCAGCAACAUUGCAAUGAGAAGGGAUGUCCAGGAGGGCCAGGCUCGAUGUUUAUCUCGCCUGGGAAGGCACAAGGAGGCUCUGGAUAUUGCAGAAAAAAUGAGAAACAGCGCUACUAACACAGAUCACUUAACGACAGUUCUCAACCUGCAGUUUUCCAUUUACCAGGAUCUGGAAAAUGUAGAAAAAAAGAUGAUGUGUCUGCAGCAACUGAUCUGCUUGCAUCCUUUCAAUCCCUGGUUCUGGAAGUUACUUGCUGAAGCUUAUAUGAGCCUUUUCCAGAGUUUGGCUCCAUUGGUCAUUCCAGAAGCAAAUCUAAAUCAGUCUGAAGAGGUUUGUGUAAGCAAUAGCAGUUUCAAAACAUCGACUGGCAGAGAGAAGAAUUUGCAGCCUCGCAGAUCAGAUGGCCAGAAAGACAGCCCUUGGUUCAGCCUGGCAGCAGGAACAAAGGGGGAGAAUGCAGUGACUUGUCCCAGCAGCCAAGUGGUGACAGAACACCUCUGCACUUCAGGAGAACUGGAAUGGACAGACAAAGAAAAGUGUGCAGACUCCAAGUCCUGGAAGCAGAACAUGUUAAAGAAAGUUGGGAUAAAAGCAUGUGCCUCAUUUAUUAGAGCAAGGCUUUUACUUCAGCUUACCCAGUCACAACAGUUGUCCUUUGUGCUAGAGAAUAACAGAAAAGGUCAAAAAGAAAUUGAUGACAAAGUGGCUCUGCUUGGUUUUGAUGAAAACUCCUUGCUGUUGAUGACCAAAGCAAUGGGGCAGGAUCUUAUACCAGAAAAACUAAAAGAGGAGUUUCAGGGUGAGGUAAAAUGCAUAGGCCCUUCAGCAUUGUCAUCACUGGUAACUGCUUCAGUCAGGGAAUUUGAAAUCAAAUGGUUUGAUAAUCUCCAAGAUGAUUUGUGUCACUUUGACAGACAAUUUUAUUGAGAUAUGUAUCUCCCACCUUCAGUAACAUAGAUGUUUUGUUGUAUUUAUUCUUGUAUCUCCAAGUGAUUAUGGCAUGUUACAUGCAAUAAAGUUUAUAUUACAUUUUUAAA